GUUCUGCUGCAACUCCUGCCGGUGUGAGCAGAAAGACAGGGAUGGGGAUCUUGUUCAGAUCUCGGUUGGUGGCAGCGUGUCGCCUCGAGGCCAGGAGCGAAAGAUCCUCGUGCACUGGACUGUUCCCCAGCGAUUCCCACCCUCUCUCUUAUCGCAGAUGCUAUAAACACCCCCGGCUGCCAUUUCGUCACCCCCUUUCCCCAUUCAGCUUCCGUUCUACUCUCCUUCACCUGGUACGUCCAUCUAAUCUCUCUCUCUCGCUGCAAAGUCUGACAUCAAUGUCUAGUGACCCCCAAUGUCAACAUGGAUUCCAGAGGCCGUUCUCGCGAUAUCUCUCCCGCUGCCUUUACUCGCAAGCAGCUGCAUACCCCGCUCGUCACACCAUCCAUUCACGCUGACUUUGUCAUCCCAGUAAGCUCACGUUCACGCACUCCCCGUCGACGCCCCGACACAGAUCGUGGCCAGCAAUACCAUUCAUCCGUCUCUGUUUUUGCCUCUGCCAUGUGGCAACAACCGCCGUCCCCCGAGCCCAUCCCCGUGCCUUCCAGUUCCCGCUUAAUGUUACCGCCUGCAACUGCCUCUCCUUCCCCACCUUUUACAUAUCCUCACCUCGCCUGCCACUCCCCAUCUCGCUCUCCAACGCCCUCUCUCCCACCGUCUCCGACCGAUAGUUUCAUGCUGCGUACAAACUCGUCUAGCACUCUCUCCGUCUCGCCUGAGGCCACGCCUUCUGGCCCACUUACUCCUCCGGAUUCUGUGUACGCGUAUUCCGACCGUGACUAUUACGACUCGUCACCUUUGCCACCGCGGACGUUGCAAGACCAGAUGCAGGACGCCUACGCGUUGGACAAUAUGCACCUCGCCAAGAUCCUUCUUCUCAAACUUCGUGGUAUUGAAGUCACCUCUGACGACGACCCACGUAUAGCUCAGGUCAAGGAUGCCGACUUUUCUACCGUUUUUGUCCCGCCCGGUGGUCUCAAGCUCUCUCCAGAGGACGAGAAACGCUACCAGGAGGGCGUCCGACGCGAGAACGAACGUCGACGUCGCGCACAACGCGAAGCUCGUCUCCGCAUUUGCGAGAAGAUCUGGGAGAACAGCGUGCGGUGUUUACGCGAGCAGAAGACCAAACUGGCAAGACGGAAAGAAGACGAGUUGAGAGAGAGGCGCAAGCUUGAAAUAGAAGCCCGUGGGAGGGAACGGGAGGCUAGGGAGAGGGAUUCCGAUAGGGAGUGUGAUAUCUUGGCCAGAUAUACUCGUCAACUCAAGGUAUCUACUUGCUCUAACCAACGCUCAAGGCUCUCUUACGGUUCCUUGCCCGCCUCCUCCUCUCGGUCUGUUGUUCUCAACUCUCCUUCACUGCCAAUGCCUACCUUUGAGUACACGUUGAUGCCGCCUGUACACACUCUCAGUACUUCCCGACAUUCUCCUCCUUCCUCUUUGGCUUCUUCCCCACCCAAGAACAAGUCCCCAUUGAGCUCACCUCAUCGUGCGUUCAAGGAACUCUCUGCGCUCAGUGCCCAGAACAUCCCUUUCUCCACUGUUGUCACUCGCAUGCACGGACCUCUAUUCCCGGAGGACAACGAAGAUGAAGAUGAUACAGCAAGUACAAGUAGCGUGCGCAGGUUAAGGAUCCAACGCAGGACUGUAGCCCAAGUUCACCUGUUCGACGAGUUAUUGAAGAGGGAUGUCAGUCAGUGGCAGGAACGGGCAGAUGGUAGACCUAGGGUAGGUUCUUCCCUUAUCAGACGGAGAACCCAAGGAUGUCCUGCUUGCUCGCAAUCACUCUCCUCUAUGGCUUCCACUCUGGUGUCAUCGUCUGGUCCGUCUACCUCCGCUACUUCAACCUCAUCGUCUACGCGAACCAUAUCCACCCGCUCAAACUCGUGGUUCUCAUCCUUCUCGAGUAUCCUCACGCCUUCCCUCACAUCUUCGUCUUCUCUCUCCUCCUCGACGUCCGAUGCGUUACCCUCUACAACCUCUACCACUGCUGGAUCGGUUAUACCCGUGUCCAUAUCUGUUAUACCCUCGUCGAAGGAGGCCGAGAUCAUACAUCAUCAUACCCUACAUACAUGCUCACAGUCUAAACUUAUACCCCUCGCUCCCGAGGAUCCACACCCACUCUCUGUUCCUCUCACCUCCUCUUCCUCUCGUACACCGUUUUCUUCCGUUUCCGUCCCCUCUCGCGGUCGUGCACUCGUUCGUCCUAUUACCACGACAUCAUCACUGACAAGUCUCCGACUUUCUCCAACUCCUACUGAAGGUGAGAGAGAAGGUGAGGGUCUAGUGUGGAAGAUGACGAGAAGAUUCACUCGGUUCAUCGAUAUGGCGUCUCAGUUCCAGAAAGCGUAUGUUAGGGCGACUAUGUUUUCUACUGGGUCGGAUUUGUAUGGACGUGGAUCCAGUUUGUCCUCGUCGGCUGAGAGGAGCUAUUCUAGGGAACGUGAUAGACUGGGAAGAACCGUUUAUGGAAGUGAGGGGACGGUUUGGGAUAGGAGGGGACGUGCUAGGGAGAGAGGCCGGGGAGUUAGUGCAAAUAUGGGUGCGAGUGCGAAGAAGAUGGAUUUGAAACCGCGUGGUUAUCGAGUCUCUCCCUGUGACCUUCAAAUCUUCACCUCCGCCGAUCUCAACUCUCCAGAAUCGAACCCCACUCGACCUUUUCUUCCUCUCCACACACUUUCCCCACCCACCUCCCCUUCCUCCCCCUCAUACCCACUAAGGUUCCCUCAACCCCCACCGAUCCCAAGGUCCCCCUUCCGUUCCCCGUACCCACCUCAAACACUCACAUCACGACUAAGACCCAUUGCCAACCCAUUACUCCUGAGAAUGCGGGCGUUGCAGAAUCGGUGUAUGGGUGUGGGUGCUGAUAAUUAUUUGGAAGAUGGACAUGUGGUUGGGUUGAUUGCGGGGAAUGGGGGUGUUAUGGAGGUUAGGGAGAAAGUUGUGGGCGUUGCUUGGGAUGGGAUUGGGAGGAGUGGGUUGGGGUGUGAAGUUUGUGUGCGUUGAUUGGUUGUGUGGCCGUCUGUUAGAUGGUAGAUGGUAGAUGGUAGAUGGUGUUUUUUUUUCUCCUCUUGUUGCUUUCGAGUUGCUUUUUACUAUGUCGCAUAUCGCUUUUUUCUUCUUCUUGUCAUCCCCCUCCCCAUUGCCAUCCUCUUUCCUUCAUUUGUACAACUAACUACUACUACCCUCUCAUCCCCCCUUUUUCUUUUACUUAUUUGCUCCUGGGUUUUAGGCGGUUGCUACUGCUACUGCUACUGCUACUCCGACUUGCUGCUUUUUGGUGGCGGCGGAUCAGUGCACUACUAGGAUGCUUUCUGUUUUCUGUUUUCUGUUGUUGUAUAGUUGUGCGUGGACGUUCACGUUUUGUUGUAGUUGUUCUAUAGUACCGUUACAUGGGUAUCUUACCUCCUCCAUCCCUUUCUUCACGACUUCCCCCCCACCUCUUUCUCUCCGUUCUUGUUCUUUUUAGGUAGUAUGUUCGAAUGCUGCGUUGGCUUGAUCAUACCUCACGGUAAUUGGUAAUACCCCCUCCUCAUGUUGAGUUGAGUACAUAGUCUACUUGCUUUCCGUUUUUGCUCGUCGAAUUACAGUAUAUAUUAUAUUGCUUUGCUCGUAGUU